CGAAAAGUAAGCGGCGGGCAGGUUGGCGCAGGUUGGCGCAGGUUGUCCCAACGCCAACCGCCCACCAAACGCAGAACUUUUCUCGUUCUCUCCAACGUCUCGAAUAUACACGAUUUCCGUAGAUUUCCCCCAUUUUCUUGUUCCGGUUUCCCGUUGGAUUCCUCGCGUUUCGAGCCCACCUAAGAAUAGAAUCGGAUCCUUUGCCCGAGACCCAAAUCGCGUUUCCCCUUCUUCUUCUUCUUCUUCGUCUUCUUUUUCGGCUCUGAAAUUCUCUCGAAGCCUCGCCGGCGCUGUUCCGCCCUUAGGAUUUUCUUGAUCUUGGGGGCGCCGCCCCGAUUCAAGGCGCGAGCUUUCUCUCCGGGAAGCUCGCCGAAGCCCUAGACCAUGGAUACCCAGAUCCCCAAACGCAGUCUCGUCGCCGUCUUCGCGGUCGUCGCCGCGGCCCUCCUCCUCUUCUUCCCCUCCGCCGCCAGAUCGGAGCCGCAGAUCCCCGGUUCGGCCAUCAGGUUGCCCACCGAGAAGAGCAGCGAUGGCGGAGGGCUGUGCUCCGGGGCGGCCCGGCCCGGUUCUUGCCCGGUCAAGUGCUUCCGUGCCGACCCGGUCUGCGGCGUGGACGGGGUGACCUACUGGUGCGGCUGCGCCGACGCCGCGUGCUCCGGCGUGGAGGUCGCGAAAUUGGGCUACUGCGAGGUCGGGAACGGUGGCUCCGGUCCGUUGUCGGGUCAGGCGCUGCUUUUGGUCCACAUUGUUUGGUUGAUUGUGCUAGGGUUCUCGGUUCUUUUCGGGUUUUUCUGAACAUAAUGUGGGAGGGCAAUUGGAUUUUUUUCCGUUUUUGUUUUCUCUCUUUCCCGGGGUGCUUCCGGUGUAUGUAUGAGUAGGAUGAUUCCACGGGAUUUAAUUCUUUUGGUCAUAUUAAUCAUUGAUGAUAUAUCGAUUCAUUUCUGUGCGAUCUUGUGAAA